ACUGUAAGGUAGUGAGACUUAAAAUUGUGUUUUGAUAUGGUUCCCACAUUCUUAUUUUUUUAGAUUGGUUUUAGAACAACAUGCCUAUCAUCAAAGUGCCAGUGGUAUACAAAUUUGGUAUUGUAUCCAAUGAUGAACAUCAAAAACUUCUGCAGAGACUGCUGGCUAAACACCUGAAAACAUCUUCAAUUAAGAAGAAACAAAAACAUAAGAACCCACUUGAAGUUACAGAAGUAUUCAUUGAGGAUUUCAAUAAUGCACUAAAAACAGAAGAAAAAGAAAAAUUCAUAGAAGUGGCUAAAAAAAUGCUUGCCAGAUGUGAGAGACGAGCGGGUCUUAGCACACUGGGUUGUGGGAAGUAUGUGGAUCUUCCACUAGCAUGGACUGAAGCAAUUAUAUUAUCACAGUGCAAAGGAGAAAUCAGUGAAGAAGCUUUUGAAGUUCUGGCAAUUUCCUUGGACCAUGCACCUGUUCUUCCAGAGCAGAUCCCAGUUUUAUUUUUCAUCGCAGAAUCGGUUUUGUACAAACUCUGCUACGAUGCAGUAGAGAAGCCAUACCUAUUCUCAUGUGAAAUCAAGUUGUCCAAGCUUGGUUUUUUGGUCUUUUUAAGACUUCUUCUAUUAUAUUUCUUUGGUUGUGGAAACUUUUCUGAAGAAAAUAAAUCCAGGCUUCAUACUGGCUUAAAAGCACUAGCAGCUUGUGAAAUCUGCUAUCAGCUUUACCCGAACAUCCUUUUCCUGGUGCAUUUUAUGCUGAAGGCUGGAGAAACUAUUUGUGAAACAGCAGUCAUUUCUGAAUCAUCAAUAGCAACUCAAGCAAGUUCAGAAGAAAUACAGGAUAAGGCAUUUCUUGACACAUCACCCAUGAGUACCAGUGCAGCAGCUGAAUUAAAUCCUGAACAAAAGCAGUUCAAAAUUAAGCCAUUUCUUUGGCAUAGCCUCCUUGUUUGGAUUUGUGUACAUAACAGCUGCUCUGAAAUAGAUGAAGUGCUCAAGCAUGUCCUGUUCUAUAAGGAACAGCUUCAUCAGAAAGACUGGUUGGAAUCAGUAUUGGGCUUGAUGAUCCUUGGAGAGACUGCCAAAUUAAACAUGUCCUGCUUGAAAGUUUUAAUGGAUCUAGUGAGAGAUUUUAUUUCAAGCUCAAUGCCUCUUCAGAAGCAGCAAAAGAGUAGCAAGGAGAGCUUCUCAAGCUGGCACUGGCAAGUGGGAUAUGUAUACACUGAUAUACUGAGAGAAAUCUGCUUGCAUGGCAUUAAUGCAGAUUUGCAAAAAACUGCUUUUCUUGGAUUCUGUUAUUGUGUCAAGGAAUUUAAAGAAGACAAAGAAUUAAGAGGGGCAGGCUUCCUCAAUCUUUUGUGCUACUGCUCUUCAUCUAAUGACUGUCAUGAUCCAUUUUGGGUUAUCCGGUAUGGCGUGAUCUACAAUCUAGUUAUCCUGCGUAGUGAACUCACAUGGGUCGUGAACCGAGAAGGAUUAAGGAAUGCUGUGUGGAGAACUUUACAGAAACAAAAGGACAUUGAAAAGGAGAGUCGAGUCCUGAAUGCUGCAAAAGUAGCAGAGGUUGAAGGCAAAGGCUUAAUGAACCCCUUCCAUGCACCCAAAGGAAAAGUUCCAUCAAGUCCCAGAAAUGGCCCUUCUUCCCAGUACAUUGGGUGGCGAGUUGCUACUGCCAUGUGCCAUCAUUUCUUGCCACCCAUUGGCCCAGACAUCCCCUUACCACGCCAGCCAGUGCGGAAGCCAUCCUUGACGCCACAUCUAGAAUCGGAGCCAGGGGUUAAGGAGAAGAAAGCAAAACGUCUGUCUUUAAGGGAAGAACUUUUGCGAGCUGGGGUACCAAAAUAUCCCUAUCCAGAUUACUUUACCCGCACAGAUAUGGAGCUAAAAAGAAUAGUUGAGACACAGUGGGAGAAAGAAUUAGAAAUCAGGCUUAAGCUUGAAGAAAAACUCCUUCAACUAGAGCUUCAAGAAAAACAAAAACUGGAAGAGGAACACUUCAGGAAAAUAAUGAAAUGGCGCUUAGAAAAGCUGCACAAGACAACAAAACCAUAUGAGCUUCCUUUUAAACAUGAAGUUAAAAUGACAGAGGCAAGCAGUAGCACUCAACUGUUGAGUCCACAACUAUCGCAAAGUUGGACACCAGCCCUUGAAGAGGCUAACUAG